GGAACAACAAAUUUGAUGACUGUAAGUGACUCAGAGCAUGCUCAGAAACCAAUGUCACUUCUUGGAGAACCAUGUGCCUUUGGAAAGCACCCUAGACAAAAAUUGGAACUCAAGAGAAAGAAGAUGGACAUGAAGAUGUACAGCCUACGAGAAAGAAAGGGCCAAGUGUACCAAGAGGUCAACGAGCCCCAGGAUGAUGACUACCUUUAUUGUGAGAAGUGUCAGAACUUCUUCAUCGACAGCUGUGCGGUGCAUGGACCCCCUACAUUUGUAAAGGACAGUGCAGUAGACAAGGGGCAUCCCCACCGCUCAGCCCUCACCCUGCCCCCUGGGUUGAGAAUCGGGCCAUCAUGCAUCCCUGAGGCUGGGCUUGGAGUGUGGAAUGAGGCAGCAGACUUGCCAGUGGGUCUCCUCUUUGGCCCUUAUGAAGGACACAUCACAGAAGAUGAAGAGGCAGCCAAGAGCAGAUACUCCUGGCUGAUCGCCAAAGGGAGAAACUGCUAUGAGUAUGUGGAUGGAAAGGACAGACCCUGGGCCAACUGGAUGAGGUAUGUGAACUGUGCCCGGGAUGAUGAAGAGCAGAACCUGGUGGCCUUUCAAUAUCGCAGGCAGAUUUUCUACCGAACCUGCCGGGUUGUCGUGCCGGGCUGUGAGCUGCUGGCCUGGUUCGGGGAUGAGUAUGGCCAGGAGCUGGGCAGCAAAUGGGGCAGCAAGUGGAAGAGAGAGCUGGCAGCUGGAAGAGAACCAAAGCCAGAGGUUCACCCAUGUCCCUCCUGCUCUCUGGCCUUCUCCAGUCAGAAAUUCCUCAGCCAACACGUGAAAUUCAAUCAUCCCUCUCAGAUUCUCCCGGGAACAUCUGCAAGAAAACACCUCCAAGCAGAGGAACCCUGUCCAGAGGAUAAGAAUCAGCAGCAGCAACAUACUUGUACAUGCAGCUGGAAUGAAAAAGCUGAACAUCAAGAGGUUAAAGAAAGGUCAGAAUUUUUGCUUAAAAGAAUCAGUCAGAGGAGAAUCUCAAGACCCUUUUUCCAACCUUCCAAAGAACAAAUGAGAAACUCUAGUGAGCAUGAGAGAAUGAUGGAGGAAGAGCCCUGUAGAGGCCAGAAAGAGAGUCCAGAGGACACAGGGAAGUUAUUUGUGAAAGUAGGAAUGUCAAGAAUUGUAACGAUCAGGUAUGGAAGGUGUUGGCAAGGCUUCAAUCAUGGCUCACAUCUCAUCACACACCAGAGGACACACUCAGGGGACAAGCCCUAUGUUUGCAGGGAGUGUGGGCGAAGCUUUACACAGAAGUCGCAUCUCAUAAGACACCACAGGAUACACUCAGAGGACAAGCCCUAUGUUUGCAGGGAGUGUAAGCGAGGUUUUACAUGCAAGUCAGAUCUCAUCAGACACCAGAGGACACACUCAGGGGACAAGCCCUAUGUUUGCAGGGAGUGUGGGCGAGACUUUACAUACAAGUCAAAUCUCAUCACACACCAGAGGACACACUCUGGGGAGAAGCCCUAUGUUUGCAGGGAGUGUGGGCAAGGCUUUACACAGAGGUCACAUCUCAUCACACACCAGAGGACACACUCAGGGGAGAAGCCUUAUGUUUGCAGGGAGUGUGGGAGAGGCUUUACACACAAGUCAAAUCUCAUCACACACCAGAGGACACACUCUGGGGAAAAGCCCUAUGUUUGCAGGGGGUGUGGGCAAGGCUUUACACAAAAGUCACAUCUCAUAAAACACCACAGGAUACACUCAGGGGAGAAGCCCUAUUUUUGCAAGGAGUAUGGGAUAGGCUUUACACAGAAGUCAGUUGUCAUCAGACACCAGAGGACACACGCAGGAGAGAAGACCUAUGUUUGUGGGUGGACUGAAUGAGUCAUUAGCAUUAAGUUGGAUAUCAACAGCCAUAGGAAGUCUAUGGCCCCUUACUUUCCCCAAGAUUGUAACUACAGAAGUAACUGAUUAAACAAACCUAGUUUCAUGACAAGAGAUGAGAUGGAUAAACAGUUCCAUGAGUAAUAUGGGGAUAUCAGCACCAAUCUUAUGGUUUUUGAUGGCCUUUUCUAAAGAGUUUUGUCUCCAUACAAAUAUGAAGCCCACAUCCCUCAUUCCCCCAUCACUGAAAGCAGAGUUUGGGAAGAGCCACAAAGAACUCAUACUCGCAGCCACAUAAAUUCAGCCCCUACAAAUGGGUGAGUGUGGGCUCAGUCUACUUUGGUUACUGCCCAGAGAGAGAGAGAUUUGAGACAGACUCACCAAGAGAAGGGAAUUCCCUA